GGGGCCGCAGUCGCGGAAUGACAACGUACAGGGUCCGGCUCCGGGCUGUCAGUCAGAGCGCGGCCCGGUGCGGGCCGAGGGGCCCGCGGGGCCAGCGCCGCCAUGGCGGCCGUGUUUGACCUGGACCUGGAGACAGAGGAAGGCAGCGAGGGCGAGGGCGAGCCAGAGUUCAGCCCCGCGGACGUGUGUCCCCUUGCCGAGUUGAGGGCGGCUGGCCUGGAGCCUGUAGGACACUAUGAGGAGGUGGAGCUGACUGAGACCAGUGUGAACCUGGGCCCUGAGCACAUUGGGCCCCACUGCUUUGAGCUGCUGCGUGUGCUGGGCAAGGGGGGCUAUGGCAAGGUGUUCCAGGUGCGAAAGGUGCAGGGCACCAACUCGGGCAAAAUAUAUGCCAUGAAAGUCCUGAGGAAGGCCAAAAUUGUGCGCAACGCCAAGGACACGGCACACACGCGGGCUGAGCGGAACAUUCUAGAGUCAGUGAAGCACCCCUUCAUUGUGGAAUUGGCCUAUGCCUUCCAGACUGGUGGCAAACUCUACCUCAUCCUUGAGUGCCUCAGUGGCGGUGAGCUCUUCACACAUCUGGAACGAGAGGGCAUCUUCCUGGAAGACACGGCCUGUUUCUACCUGGCAGAGAUCACGCUGGCCCUGGGCCAUCUCCACUCCCAAGGCAUCAUCUACCGGGACCUCAAGCCGGAGAACAUCAUGCUUAACAGCCAGGGCCACAUCAAAUUGACGGACUUCGGACUCUGCAAGGAGUCGAUUCAUGAGGGCGCCGUCACCCACACCUUCUGUGGCACCAUUGAGUACAUGGCCCCUGAGAUUCUGGUGCGCAGUGGUCACAACCGGGCGGUGGACUGGUGGAGCCUGGGGGCCCUGAUGUACGACAUGCUCACUGGAUCGCCACCCUUCACUGCGGAGAACCGAAAGAAAACCAUGGACAAGAUCAUCAAAGGGAAGCUGGCACUGCCCCCCUACCUCACCCCGGAUGCCCGGGACCUUGUCAAAAAGUUUCUGAAGCGGAAUCCCAGCCAGCGGAUCGGGGGUGGCCCAGGGGACGCUGCCGAUGUGCAGAGGCACCCGUUCUUCCGGCACAUCAAUUGGGACGACCUCCUGGCCCGCCGCGUGGACCCCCCUUUCAGGCCCUGUCUGCAGUCAGAGGAGGACGUGAGCCAGUUUGACACCCACUUCACGCGGCAGACGCCAGUGGACAGUCCCGACGACACGGCCCUCAGUGAGAGCGCCAAUCAGGCCUUCCUGGGCUUCACGUAUGUGGCGCCCUCCGUCCUGGACAGCAUCAAGGAGGGCUUCUCCUUCCAGCCUAAGCUACGCUCCCCCAGACGCCUCAACAGCAGCCCCCGGACCCCCAUCAGCCCUCUGAAGUUCUCGCCUUUUGAGGGAUUCCGGCCCAGCCCCGGCCCACCAGAGCCCAUGGAGCCCCCGCUACCUCCUCUCCUGCCGCCACCACCGCCACCCUCGAGCACUGCCCCCCUCCCCAUCCGCCCCCCCUCAGGGACCAAGAAGUCCAAGAGGGGCCGUGGGCGCCCUGGGCGCUAGGUGGACGGGUGGGGAUGAGGGCAGCUGUUGCAGCCCCUCCCUGCAGGCCGCGAGGGCAGCGGGACCCUGGGCCGGUUCCAGAGGCCUGGGGUGUGUCUAGGGGGCAGGAGUGAGUGUGAUUGUCUCUGGUGGGGGUGGCUGUGCCCCUGAAUCAUGAACGUGAAGGGUUGCAGGCUACGGCUGCCGGUGGAGGGCCUCCCGCAGCUGAGCGUUGCCCUUGGGGAAUUAAAGUACUGAAUCAUGGCA